AUGUAUGACAAGAGGUUCCGGGAGUGGAAUGUGUUUAAGAAUGUCAACAGCGAUGAAAAGGAUAGGCAUGUACGCCCUGGCCGAUUCCAUGGAUCCACUUCGCCUCGGAGGCACGGCCAUGCCUCACCGGCGGCACAUCAUGAUAUAAAUAACCUGGACGGCGUACCGGAAUCACCACAGUACACACAACCCUUGCUAUCACCACAUGAGAGACAGAGGCAUUUACAACGGUCAACGAGCCCCUACACAUCCUUGUCCAUCACCAUAUCCAGUCCAAGUGCCAUGUCCAUGGGGAGGCCACCAACACCAGCACAUCAGCGAGCCAUGAGCCCACCAAUUACCCGAUCGGCGUUGAGCAUAGCGGAUCUCAUCAUUGAAACCGCCCCCCAGUCGAAGCAGAGAUCGGAGUCUCCCGCCGAGACCAUAGAGACAUGCUCGUCACCAGCUCUCUCUUCCUCGACACCUGGCGGUCAAUCAUGCGCUACACCCGCAUCAAGUUGUGCCUGGUCUGAGGAUCAGAACCGAGACAGGGACAAGCAAUUAGUCCACACCGGGUCGCCCAACCCACAAAAUCUUUCCAACUUCAAGGCACAAAUCCGCGCCCUUGCCGAGUCACCGCCACCAUUCAUCGCCCCGGACUCCAGGACGCGAACACUGGACAUCAUCACCCUCAGCCUCCGUGACUACUAUGACUGGCAGACACGCAACGUGCCGGACGGCAUCUCACCCGAUGACUUCCUCGGACGGGGGACGACCGAUGCAUCACAGCAGUACUGGUCUUCUAUCAAAAACGCCAUCUACCUCAUCAAGCUCUCGGCCAGUUCAACGGAGUCAGAUGCCACUCAACGACCUGAUGUCCGCGCAUGGCCAGCCCUGUCCGAAGCUGGUCGGGACGCCGCAGCCGCCAUGACCAGCCAACCCUUUGACUUCCUCCGCAACCUCUUCGCCACGCUCUCACCAGCCAACGUCCGCGCCCGUCCCGAACUCCGGAGCAUCCUCCUGCAGUUCCUCGCUAGCGAAGCCAACAACAACUUCUCACCCACACAUCCCAUCGCCCGCAUCUGCACCGAACUCAACAACGACCAAGACUGCCAGGAGAUCUCCCGCCGCGCUUUGCAGUGUAUGGUGGACAUGUUCAGCCGCCUCGGCCAACGACGCUUCGUCUCCUUCAAACUCCUUGACUCCCUAGCCACGCUCCUCCGUCGCAACGGCGAGUUCGAUGCGGCAAUGGCCAUUGUCACCGAGCUGUUCAAAGCCUGCCGGCGAGAAUUCGGCCCGUACUCGGAACAGACCCGUGCAGUUGAGAAUGAGUUGGCGCACUUCUACAUGGUUGUGGACGACUGUGACCAAGCAUUGCAGCACUGCAUGGCUGUCAUUCGCCGCCCGCCACCCGAGGGGCUACUCAAUGACCCAAAGAUCGCUUUUCACCAAGACGGCAUCGCAGCGCACACAAUGGAGGACGUCGCGGAGAUUCAUGAGAGACGGGGUGAUCUGGAGCAGGCAAUUGUUUGGCUUGAGAGGGCAGCGGAUGUCGCAUUGAGAGUUUGGGGACCGCAGGCGGUAGCGACGGGGCAUAUUAUCGACAAGCUUACGACGCUAAAGAAGGAGUAUGCGAAUAAUAUGUUGAAGAGUGCGAGGGACUGGGAGGCUGUUAUCGAGCGAUAG